AUGGCGUUCCCCAACCCCAAGUACAUCAACUGCAUCGUCGCAGAACCAACAGCAGCACAACUUCAAUCAGGACUUUCAGCUCUUCGCCGCUCCGGAGACCCCUCUCAGGAUCUCUCCAGCCUCGCGUGCGCAGGCGAUAUCGAAGUGUCUCCUGCAGUUCAGUCUAUCUCGUCUCCAUCUCACGGGCAUCUCUACUCGUCUCCCAAUCACCGGUCUUUUCCCAGUCUAGCAUUGCAAAACCAAUCCACUCAAGAGAAAUACCUGCGCCAGCUUGUUCAUUUGCAGCGUCUGCCGCCUGUUCCUCCUUUUGACCCAAUCACCACUGUUCCUCGCAGAAACUACUCGGUUCCUCACAUCCCACAAGGCGAUAUGGCUACCGCCUUCGACUCGAUGUAUCUCCCGGGAGGCGACUUCAGCGCCUCCCACGACGACUUCCUGGACCUCGAGCCCAACUUCCAGUCCAACCAUUUCACCGCUGUCAAUCCCGGAGUCAACGACGGCACGAUUUCUCCGACUGAUUUGUUCAAGGAUGACGCAAUGAUCAUGUCGGCUCCGCCAUCCACGGCAUUCCCAAACCUGAGCACUCCGGAUUCGAGCUUCUUGGAAUCCCCCGCCAUUGCUAGCAGUGGCUUGAACACCUCUCCACUGGAAGAUGGAGAACUCGACGCCCAGUUGAACUUCGCUGAGCUCGACGGCAUGGUGCCCCUCUUUCCACAAAAUUCCUUGGAUCAGUUCGCCUGUCAACCCUUGUCGACGGCGCGUUUCACACAGUCAACUUCGAGCGCCGUGAGCUCUCGACCGGCCUCCACGGCUCAAGAGACCGGUAUGGUCCGACAGAAGUCCUCGCCAGGACGACCACCGUCGCAACCGUACCAUACCCGCAAGCGUUCAGAGACUCAUGGUGUCUCUAAGGCAUCUAAGCCCCGGAAGAACUUGCCUGAAAUCACCAUUGACAGUGAUGACGACAAGGAGACUGCUAAGAGGAAGAAAAAUACUGCCGCUGCCCGAAAGUCUCGCCUGCGGAAGCAGGAACACGCUGAGGCGGCUGAAGCUGAGAUCCAACGUCUCAGGGGCAUCAUUUACCGCCUUGGAGCCGACCCUGACGCCGAGACUCUGUGA